GUCAGAGGGCACUGGUAGACCAGAAAGCAUGAAUAACUUGUCAAUGCCUUCCAUUUAUACCUUCAUGUCACCUGUACAGGUUACAAGUGGUAACUCGCAAAACAUUUCCUGUGAGGUUGGACUUACUCCUAAAACUGUACUGACAGCAGUGUCUGCUCUAAAAGACAACAACAAACCCUCUUCAAGAAAAUCUUUACCAGUUCAUCAAAAUACAGAACCAGAUAUUGGAUUAACAGUUAAAGAAAAACCAACUGUCCAAGUUCCAAGUUCCCAAGAAGCAUCAAAUGUCUCAUCUUCCCCUGCAAGACACAAUACUGAAGGAUCAAAGCAGAUGGUUGCUGUUAAUCAGGGUGAUGGAAGAGUUCUAGGUGAUGUGGAAACAGACUACAGUAAAAUUCCAUACUCACCCAACCAGGAUUUUCUUGCCUCACCUGUUCGUUACCAUAGUCCAGACAUUGCUGUUUCUCUUGGAAAUCAGUACUAUGAACAUGUAUCAUCUAGUCAUUUUGACAGUCCAAGUUUAGCUGUGCCUCAUGCCAGUCAAAUAGUCACACCCACUCUAUGUACGCCAGCUAAUACAGUAUCUCAAAACACACCUAUUAUGUCAGACACUGUAUCUUUUGCAACAAGUGAAAAUGUGUAUACUAAUGGGAUGACUUAUGUACAGAAUUCUGUGCCGUAUCUGGGACAAGUGAUAAAUGCAGGAGACCCUUCACUGCAGUACAAUACAGUGUAUAUUGACAGUAAAGGAACUGUGAUUCAGACAGGAUUAGAUACAGUAGGGCAUAAUGUGGUACCAACAUAUACCACAGAACAGGACAGUAUCUCGACUCAGGAACCUGUGAUGGAUAUUUUAUCAGCUGCGGCUUCAGUGAUAACUUCAAGUCCCCUGGAGACGGUCGAUGGUGAACAGUUAAACGCUACUCCAGAGAAAAAGGACAAAGAAGAAAGUUUGGGACAGCUUAUUGCCAUCCCUGUUGGACGGUAUUAUCCGGAGAAAAAACUACAUGUCAGGUCUCUGGACUUUGGUCCUGAUGCUGCAACAGUAGAAAUCCGAAAACCAGGUUAUGGCAGGGGACGUAAGAAGAAGAGCUAUGGUGAUGUUAAAAGCCCUGUAAAGCCAGGAGGUCUGGGGAAUAAGCAGACCAAGGGAAAAACAAAGAGUAAAGAAGCCGUAAAAGCAAAAGCCGAUAAAAAAGAUGAUGGGGUGUCUCAAAAGCAAACCAGUCUCCUGGUGCAAGUGGUAGAAAAACAGGAAACGGUUGUGGAACAGGCAGAUUGGAAGAACUUUGAAAAAGAUGAUUUAAUUCCAGAUGCUUCAGGUUCUGUAUACAUUGUAGAAGGAAACACCAGAAAGAAAAUUAAGUUAAACAAGACACCUCGUCCAGUACGAAAUUUGUCACCUUACUUUCUGCCCAAUGCUUUUGACUUGGCUUCAGGCAUUAUUCCAGUUAGAACAGAGAUCUACAAGAAGGGGAGAAACAUAACAGUCCCUGCUGGGGUAGCUAUGCCAAAAUUUGAGCAGGUGUCAUCGGGAAGUGUGGAACACGAGGGAGGGGACAGUGAUAUAGACGUGGAUGGGGACUGUGAACUGCCGGAUUUAUCACCAGAACCUCCAACUUCUAGUACACCUGUGUCUAAAUGUUCAGAAUAUGUACAGAGAACAGAGAAAAUACAUGUAACUCCUGGAAAAAUUUCUUCUGUUGAUGUUGACAACCGUAGUAUAAAAAAUUCAUCAGUGAUCACCGUUUCGGACAGUUGUGAUAGUAAUGCAAGCAGGAAACCAAAUAGUGAUUCAAAGAAAAUGGCUUUUAACACAGGGUCUUCCAAUGUGGACAAUAACCCAUUAUCUGUGAGAAGCUGCCAUGGGAAUCCUGGUAGUAUUUUUAGUAACAACAGUAAUUCCCUCCCAGAUCUGGAUAGCCCCCUCCCCCUGAUCAACAUGUCAACUCCCCCAAAGAAAAGAAUCACAGCAUCCCUCAAACAUGGAGGAGGCUGUUACUUCUUCUCUACACUACUGAAUUAA